CAAAACUGGCCUUGCAAAACUCCAAAAAUUUUGUCUUCUUGCUCUCAAACAUGAUUGUGCGUGGGCAUGGAGCGAUACGUGCUGCAUUGAUAAAGAAAGCAGUGCGGAAUUGCAAGAGGCUAUUGGAUGUAUGUUUGCAUGGUAUCGUCGGUCGGCCGUUACAAUCAUCCAUCUUUCCGACGUUUCCAACUCAGCGUCACUCACUGAAAGUAUUUGGUUCGAACGGGGUUGGACCCUCCAGGAACUGUUGGCUCCCCGCAGGGUCAUUUUCUUUACACGGGACUGGUCGCCGUACACGAACCGUGAAUCUUCGGAUCAUAAAACAGACGUUACCGUGCUCAAAGAGCUCGAAAAGGCAACAGGGAUACGAGAAUGGCAUCUUCAGAACUUCCGCCCAGGGACUGACGAUGCACGGUCGAGGCUCCAAUGGGCGUCGACUCGUCGUACCACCCGGCCAGAAGAUGUCGCCUACUCGCUUUUUGGAAUCUUCGAUCUUCACUUGCCAGUGCUGUAUGGGGAGUCUGCGGACAAAGCUCUUGGGCGCCUCUUGACAGAAAUCACUUCGCAGUCGGGAGACGUUUCGAUUUUAGACUGGGUCGGACAGGCGUCGUCAUUCCACAGCUGCCUCCCCGCCAGCCUCUCGCCGUACCGGACAAUGCCCCGCGUGCAUUCUUCUCAGAGCGGCCCUCCUACUCGCGAGGGAGUGAAUCUGGAGAAUGCACGGAAACUGUGUACUGCCCUUGCCGAAUUACCAUUCCCUCGAUUCAUCAAUCACGUUCUCCUGUUGCCUUCCAUCAUUCAUCAGAUAAAUAUCCAUGCAUCGGGUCUGAUCCCUCUGGAGCUCAGGCUGUCGGUCAGCCUCCGGGAGGGUACUGGUGCCAGAUUAUCAUAUAUUCUUGUUCGUCCUUGGCAUCCCAAAUUGCUUGAUCUGCUAGCGGGAGACGACAUCGAUGCACCCUGGAAGUUGCUAGAGCAACUUGGGCAGCCAUUCAAUGCAUUUUUACUAAUGAAAUUGCGUGGUAAACAGUACAAGAGGAUCGCCGCUGAUUGUAUGAUUGUUGCUUGCGUCCGGGAUCUGACUAGCAUCGUUGAUAGUGAACUCCAGAUGUUAGAUAUCGUAUAAACUACAUAUGCCUCUACACGGUGUUUGCAGAUAUGGUCUUGGACUUCUCUUGGCAACAGGAUCAUUUCAGUGGGAA